CGAUGCCGCCGCGCGUCACUUCCGCUCUGCUCGUGCUGCAGAGGAGCCGCGCGCCGAGCAGGACAAUGCCUAAGUCAAAGGAACUUGUGUCUUCAAGCUCAUCUGCUAGUGACUCAGAUAGUGAAGUUGACAAAAAGGCAAAGCGGAAAAAGCAAGCAGCUCCAGAAAAGCCUGUAAAGAAACAAAAGACUGGUGAAAGUUCAAAAGGUGCAGCUUCUUCUAAGCAAAGCAGUAACAGAGACGAGAAUAUGUUUCAGAUCGGCAAAAUGAGGUAUGUCAGUGUUCGUGACUUUAAAGGGAAAGUCUUAAUUGAUAUUAGAGAAUAUUGGAUGGAUCAAGAAGGUGAAAUGAAGCCUGGCAGAAAAGGUAUUUCUUUAAAUCCAGAACAGUGGAACCAGCUGAAGGAACAGAUUUCUGAUAUUGAUGAUGCAGUAAGAAAACUGUAAAGACAGAGCCAUAAAGAAACGUUUAUCAUUUUAGUUGUUUUAAGCAGUCUUUUUACAUUGGCUUUUGUUUUCUAAAAUAUUGUUUUCAAAGCUAUUGUAUAUUUGGAUUGCAAAACAAUUUGUAAGAUGAAUACUUUUUUUAUGUGCAUUAAAAGUGUAUUCUGAGUGAGGCUAUUUGUGUAUACUUUACUAAAAGGAAAAUGUGUUGCUUCCACCUCAUGGUGUAAAAUAAACAAAACAAUAGUAUGUAAAGCAUAGGUGUUUAUGGCCUUUUGUUUGAAGAUGCUUGAGAAGGCCACCUGAUAAUUAUAAUUUUAGUUUUGGUUUGGUUUAGUUAACCGUUGUAUGAAUUGGUUUUCUGAGGAGGUUCUUAAAAUGUCUCCCUUUUCUUUUUUCUUUUAUUUCAUGCUCUUUGGUAUUUCUCUAGAAGCUGUUUUCUUUAAGGCUUAAUGCAAACAGUGAAUACCCAGUAAAACAUUUUUGUAGAUAAUUUUAAAUACUCUAUUUGCUAAUUUACCCUAUUUAUUCAGAUGUAAACACUCAUGAGCAUAUAGACUUUUUUGAAUUACUUGCAUGAAGUAUUAUGGUAAACAAUAACACUUGAACACAAGCCACAGACCAUUCCUUCCCGUUUUUUUUAUAGCUUGCUUCAUUUAGAAAAUGCAACCCUUUAUUCUUGGACACUAGAUUUUAGAAGAUGAUGGAUAAACUUUUGCAGUAAUAAAUACAUACCUCAGAGUAAAACAGAACUUAAAAGCUCCCAAUUUGGUGGUUAUUUGGGUAACUUUUCCAAGCUUUGCAUUCAAUUAAUUCUUGAACAUGUACAGGUUAGCUAUUCUAUAGGCAAGAACAUUUAACCUGCCUUUUUAAUGUUUGCAUAAACAAAGGUGUUUAAACCAGCUAUAACACARUUUAAAUAGUUAAACAGGGUUAAAAUGGCCAGCUACCACACUCUGCCCUAUCAUUACUCCCUGCUCAGACCAUUUAUCUUUGCUUGCUCUGUGUGGCUUACAUGUGCAUAACUUUAUUUUCUCUCUYACACAACAUUCAGUGCUCACGGUGGAGCGCUGGUGUGUAGCGGAUCAUGGUUCUAGCAAACUUCACUUGUGAGUCAGUGAACUGCUCUGGUAAGAAGCUUCUCUUUGAUGGAGGCUGCAUUAGGUGAAAUGCUCUCCCAAAUCAAGGGAAUUUUGGUAGGCGUUGAGACAAAUGAAGAAGGGAAAAUACACWGUUUGAGUAGCACUUGGAGAGAGAGGGGAACUCCAGCGCAGAAAUUAAAGGUGAAAGAUAAGUAGUAGCUGACAAUAAUUGCAGUGAAGAAACUUGUUAGUAGAUGUGAAGAGUUUGUUUUCUGACUUAAUUCAAUUAAUUGAAGGAAGAAAAAUCUGCUUCAUGAAAAAUGACAUUUCAAGACCAUAUAGUGAAUGUACAAUCUAUUGGUUCUACUGUAAUUUUCCCAUUUGAUGUUAAAUUUACUGUAUUUUUAAAGUUUUGCAUAGAUAUCUGGAUUUGCUGUUUGUUAAUUUUGGAAUACCUGAGUAUAAUUGUUUAUAUUGCAGUCAUGCAUGGAAGUCCUGUUCAGUGUCAUACACAGACUGUUCCUGUGAUGCAGCGUUUACCAUUUAAUACAAAUAUUACAUGGUAAGGAAAGGAGACUURAUCAAAUUAACAGCCAAACAAUUAUAUUUGUUGGAUAUCUCCACCUGCUUUAAUUUGUCCAUUAAGAAAUUUCAAAUAAAAUUUAAUUUUGUAUGGCUUGGGAAUCUGAAGUUCCUAGGACUUAUUUGAGAGUGAUUAAAAUGAGGAGGAGAUGUUUUGUGGUAGCAGCUGCAUUUUGCACACCUGUUUUUGAGUGACUGACUUGUAGGAUAUCUGGACCAAAUAGAAUAAAUAGUCUAAAACUUCUGAAAUGAAUACAAGUGUUUCUUCAGGUCACUAUCAACUUGUGUUUGGUCCUUUUAUUUCCUAUGUGUACAUAUGAAAAAUGAUUCCUUUAAAUCUGUAAUUUUGCCACCAAUUUUCACCUAUUUUACCUCAGAACUUUCAUGUGACUAUUUAAAAGUGCAUGAUUAUCAUCGAGGGAACGUUGUCCUUGCUUASGUUACUGUGGUAAUAGGUCAUUGGGUGGCAGUCGUGAAUCAGAGUACAAUAUAAUUGUGUUCAGGAAGGUGGGGAGUUAAAUUCAUUCUUUUGGGGAGAGUAAGUUUUAGUAUAGUGAUCUGUUGUGGAAACUGAUGGUAGAGAUGUGCAAAGAAAUAAGUAUUUGUUAACCAAGAACUAUUAGUUCGUCUUAAUAGACAAAGGCCUUGCUGAAUUUUAGUGGUGAUGAUGGCUGGAGCUAUUUGUCCCAUUUGUUUUCCUUGAUAAUUGAUAACAUUGGGGGCAAUUUGGUUUUACUUAGCUUGUGUGUUUAGAAACAGUUUUUCAUCUGCCAGAUACAUUCCUGCCUGUAAUGUUGAUAAAAUGUCAUAUAUUUUACUUGAACCGGUGUUAAUAUCUACAUGAAUGUCAAGAAAAAAGAUAACCAAAUAAAUUAGUUUCCCAAUUGAACUUAAAAUGGGCCUUAAAAAAUGCUGAAUUAUGAGGGAAUUCACUGAACAUCAAGUGACUGCCAACUUGCUAUAAAUUUAACACGUUCAGUGUUGUUUUGAUGUAAACAGCUGGUUGUGAUUUGUCAUACAAGUACUGUCUACGGCUGCAUUUUUCUAAUUUGAGAAGAAAAUUCAGAUUUUCUGCAUGAAGAUUUUCUUAGAAAAUACUAGUUAAGAUGCGUAAAAAAGUGUCCGUAGAAGAAGACUGCGUAUAUUAAGAAGUCUGUAAGAAGAGAAAAAUGAGAAAAAUAACUUUUCCCUUUUUCUGCUGUCAUGACUGAAGAUAGAUGAAUUCAAUUAUUGAUAUUUAUGCGGGGCAUAUUAGCAGUAUGUUUUAGAAGUUAAACAGUAUGGAGCGUAGGUUAAAAAAGGCAUCUGCCAAAGUCCCAUAUGUGUGCUAAGUCAAAACGUCACCUACAAUGUUGCUCUUCUGUAUAGAUACCCAUAUUGAAAUUCAACAAAUGCAGUGCUCUGAUAUUUCUGUUAAAGGAGAUGCCCCACUUACGUACUACUUAUGUGAUCUGUUAGCAAAAGAAAAUUGGUAAUUGUAAUUUUGGUAACUCAGAUGUCAUGUUGUUAACCAUGUGGAAUGUUGAAUGUUUUCUUCUGGUGGCAUCUUCUGCAGAGAGGCCACUGGAAAUGCAAAACCUCCAACUGUGUAGCUAUCUUAAUGUUCAAAUAAAAAUAAUGAUGUAUAUCGUGUAAAACCAGUUUGAACACUUGGAAAUAAAUGUAAACUUCUGUUGGCAUAGUGUUAUUUUUAAUAGAAAUGUCUGUGCAUUGAGAUUGUUGCUAAGUUGUUUAUUUCUUGAAAAGCUGCUGUUAUUUCUUGGAACUGUUGUAAUUUAGAUCAAAUAAGAUUAUAUUCAAAUCCCCAAGUUUGGGGGUGGGAUGUGGCGAGGCUGAUUAUGUAGCCUGGAGGGCUAGAAGCUUUUCUUUGUAGUUAUUGUGUAAAUGCAGAAGUGGCAGAUAACACUACUUCAAACACCAAAAAGCGUGAAAAGUCACCRCUGUUAAAAUGCAAGACUAACUUUUCAGUGUGUGGUGGUUUGUUGGUGUCUUUAAUCUAGCAAAAUAAACAGUAGAUUACAUGGAGGGGAACGGCUUCUUGUUUGUUUAUCAUUAGUCGUAGUUAGUGAGGCUUGUUUAGGAAGCAUGUUUUUCACAUGCUUGCUGUGAAGCAGUCUGUAGCGGGGAAAUUAUUUAUAGCCUUGAGCCAUACAGAUCUAUCUUUAGGUAGGCCUGAGUGGUGUGCCGCUUAAAUGGGCAUAAAAGUGAAACUAAAGUUUCAAAGUGAAGAAAUGUGGUCUAGGUUUGAUGAAGGGCGCUUAGAUUCACGCAUUAUAUUGUAUUAGCUCAUAUUUACUGUCUUUACCUUGCUGAUUAGCUUCAGCUAAAGCUCCAGUGACUGUGUGGAGAAGGAAUCUCCA